AACUCCGGUAGGGUUCGUAUCAGGUCGAUAGGACAGAUAUUAAGGGUAGGUCUUGUGUUUCCUUCUUGUCUCCUCUUGUGCUUCUUGCCUCCUUCUCGCCGGUCAUCUGCGCUUUCCUUCAAUAUCAGCCAAAGACCCGGCAAUUUCAAGCGUUAUUGACCACGAUCUCGAACACGGCCUCUUCCGUAUCACUUCAAUCACAGUAUUCUUUAUACAGCUCGGGUCCCUGCAGCAAAGCAAAGUCGAUCACUCGUCAAUUCUUCAGAGUCGACACUCCUACCAAGCAUCGCAUAGCCACGGCAUCACUUUCAUCACAUCCAAGCACUCUGCUCGUGUAAUCCUCCAAGCCGCCAAGAUGAGGGUCUUCAUGGCGCUGGUGCUUGUGUUCACCACCCUGGCUCUCGCUUUCGCGCAUCCACAUCCUCAGGCAUCACCAAACGGGGUCGACAUUGACGAUCUCGAGAAGCCGAUGCACACCACAGCCCUAAUGGCCGGUGCCGCUUGGGAAUUGUCACAAAGAGCUGCUACGCGAACGCAACCUCCUGCUUCGGCGCAGACGAAGUCGAGAGUCCCGAGCGGGCAGUACGAACUAUGAUCGAUACUAUCUGAGCGUUGCUGGUACAAGUCCCUCCCUUCGGCAAGGGAUACUGAGAUAUCGCUCGCUAUAUGGUCGCGCUAUAGGAGCCUCGACGGCAUAUAUUGGCGAAGAAGAGAUCGCUUGGAAUAUGGCAAGAUCGAUCGGACCAGAUGGCUCUCACGUCAUACUGGAAGGCUUGGAAGGAUACCCUUUUCGACAUCGCUUAUUGCAUUACGUACACUCGGGGUUAUGGCCUGUUUUUUGUUGGUUUUUAAUGCUUUAUACCUCGUCACAAGCAUGCUAGGAGGGCAUCAUUAUGAAAGGGCAAUAAUUCUCUCGUCAUUUUCCG